UUGCUAAAUUUAUCUCAAAAUAUAAUAUCAAAUUAUUAUUAUUAUCAGUGGUGUAGUAGUAUUAGUACUACAUUAUCUCGAGUUGGGCUUCAGAUUCGUGGUUCUAUCAAUGAUCAAGCGACUGGCUACAGCGAGUCUCGUCGACCGAAAGCAAUUCAACUAGCAGCAAGUACCUGUCCCAGAGCCAGCGGAAGAUCUGCCUCUUUGGGCGACUCUUGUUCUUCAACCGGCCAAGAAGAUGGGCAUCAGUCAUCACAUGAGCUCUGUCUGGACUCAGCUCCAACUCGCAACUUAUUACAUCGCUUUUUGUACCAAGCAUGA